GAGACGGACCAACGAGAGAAACAAAUCCGGCUGUCACGGAUUCUCAGUGAUAACGGAUUAAAAGACAAAAUCGGCGCUGAAAUACUUUUCAAAGAUAUUAAGGGCAGCUACUCUCCGUUCGUGUUUAACGUUUUUAAUUGAGAUCCAGGGCGUUACGUCAUCUCUGACGAUACGCCAACGUUAUAAACAAUAAUAACAAUGGCUUCUGGGUCGCCGUCGUCCUCUCCGGACACUGCGACUGGCUCAGGUACAGAUCCAGCCCGGCCCGACGGGGAGCCUCUCGGUGGGGCAGGCUCGGACUCGGACUCGGACCUGGGUUUGAGUAAAUUUGACUGCAGCGCCGUGGAAAUGGGGGACCGAUUGGAGGGAGAAGAGCUGGAGCGGGAGUUUCAGUCUGCAGCCGACCGGGUGCGAGAUCUGGUUCAGACGGCCAGCAGGGACCAGCUGCUGUACCUGUAUGCACGAUACAAACAGGCCAAAGUUGGAAAGUGCAAUACGACAAAGCCUGGCUUCUUUGACUUUGAAGGACAGAGAAAAUGGCAAGCUUGGAAGCAGCUUGGAGACAUGGAGCCAGAUCAGGCAAUGCAGGAGUACAUUUCCUGUGUCAAUGUGUUAGACCCUGAAGGCUGCACAAAGGAAAGACGAGGAGCAGAAAGAAGAACGGGCUUUGGAGCAGCAGUCAGCUCUCUAUACCAGGAGGAGAUGAUCAGGGAAGAAGACAAGAACAUCUUUGACUACUGCAGAGAAAAUAACAUCGACCACAUCAGCAAGGCCAUCAUCUCCCAGAAAGUGGAUGUCAAUAAUAAAGACGAAGAGGGCCGAGCUCUGCUGCACUGGGCCUGUGACCGAGGACACAAGGAGCUGGUUUCUGUAUUAUUGCAGCACAAAGCAGACAUCAACAGUCAGGAUAAUGAAGGACAGACAGCGCUACAUUAUGCAUCGGCGUGUGAGUUUGCCGACAUCGUGGAGCUCCUGCUGAACGCCGGAGCCGACCCGUCCAUCAAAGACAUGGAGGGCUCUCUCCCUGAGGAGGUCACCGAAUCCAGCGCCAUCUCCUCUCUCCUGCGUCAGUACACGGCUCCCAAAGGCUAGAGGGCUCAUCUUCCAGCACGUCUCAUCGCUGCUCCAGUCAUUCACUACUCCAUCUUCCUUCAUCCCUGAAGAGACUCUGUUCAUCCCCAGCAGUUAGUUUACCCAGAUUGCUGAUAGAGUUUUAUUUUGUUUUAUUUUCAAAUACUUGAGGUGAGUUUGAUUUCGUUGGCUUAGCUCUUUGGAACUACGGGGUUUAAACAUUAGCCCUUCUAUUUGAUAAGACAUAUGAAACGAAGAACACCACAUGUAUUUUCCUCUAGAUAUUGUAUAUUAACUUUAUAUGCCCAGUAGGGUUGAAUGAAAUGACAAUUACUGCGAGCCCUGGUGAAGAUUUUGCUAUACUGUAGUAAUACCUUAAAUAUCUUGACCAGUGCAGGCAAUGUUGUACAUCAAUGAGGACUGUUUAUUGGCAAUAUUGGACAGGAUUUGUGCAUCAAUGUGAUGAAAUAUCUGUAUUUGUCAGGUAUUUAAGUCAAUGGACGAACCAAAAACAGACAUUCCCAUCCACUUAUUUAAUCUGUAAACGGUAUGAAAUUCCCCAAAUAUUCAUACUCUAAUAAAAUAUGUUAUACAUAUCUCCCACUUAUACUGUCCAGGCCUGACGAUCAGCCAGGCCUUUUAGUCGGGGUCAGCCCUCUUUGACCUUUUGUUCAUGAUUCAGUUGUUACGUUCAAGGAAUGCUUUAAUCAUUUGUCAUAUGUCACAUUAA